UCAGAUAUUUAGAUAUGUAGUAUAGUCUUUCUUUCUCUUUCUAUUGUUGCUGGUUUUUUUCUAUUGAUUUUAUUAUUCAAAAUUUUAAAUAAAAUAAGUAAAAAGGUCAACUAGAGGUCUAUUGCUAGUCCAAAGUCCAAGCUUUCCACAAAAGACGCCACCGCAAUAAAUUCUAGCACGUAAAAUCUCGUAUUAAAUAAUUCAUUUUCGAAGUGAAAUUCAAAAAACUCAAACACACACAAUAAAAUAACCAAACUUAAAGAUUCAAAUUUCUCCAAAGAAGCAUCCAAGCCACCUUCUUCUUCUUCUAACACCUCUGUUCUUUUUAGACCCCUUUUUCACUCUCACUUAGUUACAGUACUACUCUUAUAGUGAUCUCCUUUCUUUGUCUUUUCCUGAUCUACAACUUCUAUAAUAUAUAUAUAUAUCUUCUAUUUCAAUAUACAAUCUCACUGUCAUUUCCAGUUAUUAUAAUUAUAUUUACUCAAAUGGCCGGUUUUGAUUUUCUCUGAUCUCCUUGAGAUCUUCAAACACUCUCUUUCUCUUUCUUUACACCUCAAUAUAUAAACCCCUUAAAUCUUUUGUAUUUUUCUGUAUACAUUUUCUUAUAAAUACAUACAGCUUUCUUCUUCAGCUCUUUCUCUCUCCUGUCUGAUGAUCAGAAGUUUAAUUUAUAUAUGGAAAGUUCUGAUUCUGAUCAGAUACAAACCCUAGUAUAAUUAGCUAGGCUCUUUAUUCAAAUUAUUAUUUUUCUUACAACACCAAUGGCUGAUCGAGCAAUGGUUUCUUCUUAUGAUCAUCAUCAUCAAAAGGCGGUGGUUAGAAAAUCAUCAAUUAUGAUCGAACGUAAGCCGUUGAUGCUCAAGGACUAUCUUCUCGACGAUCUAAGUUCGUGCUCAUCCAACGGCUUCAAAUCUUUUCCAAGGCGUCAGUGCUGCUCGACCGUCAGAUUUCUCCUCGAGAUCGAUCUUAAACAGAAUCAUCAGCACCGCAGUCGUCGACAUAAUCCUAAAGAACAACCAAAUUUGGUUAAGGCAAAGCGACAUUUCCGAAGUAGCAGAAGCGGUCGCUUCACCAUCUCAGUCCUUCAAAGAGCUUCGGAUGCCGUUAUUAACGCCGUCAAACAAAUGCCGUUCCCUUCAGUUAUGUCAUCCGUUCAAAACAGAGCCAGAAAAGGACUCCUGCCCAGAAGCCUUUCCAGGAAGCUAUUAAAUAAUCGCUUUUGGGGUAGAGGCGCCACUGAUAAAGAUAAUGCUGGUGCCAAUAAUAAUACUAAAGUCGGAGAUCAUCAUCACCGUCAAGAGAUCAUCAGAGAAAAUAUCAACCGGUGGAGAUUGUGUCCUGAGCUGCCGGACAAUGAUGAUGAUCAAAAUAUUACCACGAAAACCGUUAUUUCAAGUAGCUCAAGCGGUAAUAGUAAGAGUAACAGUUGGUGUGAGAGUGAGUUUACUACCACUACUACAACUUGUUCUAGCAAACAAUCCGAAACCAUUCCAAUUACCACUGUAGCUCAUGAAAACGACGUGUCGCAGAAGGUCAAAAAGAAAGUAGAUCGUACUAGUACUGUCGGUGAUGAGGAGGAUACGACGGAGUUAGGACCAACAACCGCUACCUGCUCUCAUCAACACGCAAAGGAGUGGUCAAAUGAAGAAGAUAAGGAACAAUUCAGUCCCGUCUCUGUGUUGGAUUGUCCAUUCGAAGACGAUGAUCAAGAUGAGACUAACUCUCCGUUCAAUAGCAAAGUCACUCACUUGGAAGGAACGAAACAGAAUCUUCAGCGCAAGAUUCGAAGGCUCGAGAACCUCACUCAACUGGAACCAGUCGAUCUGGAAAAGAGAAUAAUCGCAAUGUCAGAUAUCAAAGACGAUUACGAUCGAGUUAAGAUUAAAAAAUCAAGCGACGAUGAAAUCGAAGAUCAAAAAGCGCGGGAACUGGUUACGAAACUCACCAAAAACAUCGGUACUACGACAUGGUCGACUGCGACCGAAAAAUUAAUGUUCGAAUUCUUCAGAGAGCGAAUGGCGGAGGAGAGAGCAUCGACAAAGGGCUUUGCGGAGGCAAUGGCGGUGAAAUCAGCAGUGGAUUGGACGGUGGGAGCUCCGACGAGAGAAGUUUUGGUGGGAUGGGAGGUUAAGGAGGGAAGAAAGGCUUACACCAGGGAUAUGGAAAGAAAUGGAAAAUGGAGAAAUUUGGAUGAGGAAAUGGGAGAGAUUGAUUUGGAGUUGGAAGAUCUGGUUUGGGAUUCUUUAAUGGAGGAAGUCUUACUUGAUCUGUUGUGAGUUAUAGAAAUAUUUCACUUGUUUUUUUUUUUAUUUGGCGCUUUUUUUUUUCUUUUAUUAGGGUUUUGUUGCAAAUACUGAAACAGCUCAGGGUCGUUCUGAUGCAGGCAUUAACGUCUUGGCUAGUCAUUCGGCUUAAUGACUAAAGCCACCUUGAGUAUC